GCGCAGGUGUGUGCUCGGCCGGCGAGGCCUGCGGCGCAGCGUCGUCCACCACUGGAAGCAGUCAGAGGCGACGCGGCGAGCCGGACGGCCCGCACGGCCCGGCCGCCGCCCUGCGCGGGGCCCACGCGGCCGUCUACCUGCGCGCCGCGCUGGCGGCGGAGGCGGGCGGCUGGGAGGAGUACGCCGGCCUGGGCGAGUUCUACCGCCUCGUCGGCUGCCCGGGGCCCCCUUUGCGCAAGGCGGCGCCGCACCUGGCCACCGCCCGGUCCUACUUCGAGCAGGCCCUGGCCAGAGCGCCGGGCGCACUGUUUGUCGUGGAGCGCCUCGCGCGGCUGUCCGCGCAGGAGGCGGCGGCCGAGGCCGCGAGCGCGGAACCAUGCCACCGGGGAUCGCCGUAGGUGCGCGUGCUGGGCGCCGAGGCCGCGCCGAGGCGGCGGCGGAGCGGCCAAGACGGCCGCAGGCCGCCCGCGCUUUCGCGCCGCGGCGCCUGCCCCCCGGGGGGCGCCCUGAGGCCGGCGGGCCGCCGGCAGCGGCUGCGUGCGGGCCGCCCGAUGACGCCACUCGUGCUAGUGACACCAUGCAUGUGAAGCUGGCUCGCGCUGGCUCUCCGCGCCCGGCAGGCUGCCACUGCAGCUGUCAGAUGGCGGUCAGAUUUGAAGAAGUAGGACUGGUGCUCUAUCUGGUUGUCUGCGGCAAGUCCCGUCGCCGUGCCAACGCAGCAUUUCGGGUGGCGCUUGUUCGAGGGGGCACGGGAG